AUGUCUCCUCCUCUCCAUCUUCGCCGGGAAACUUGGCGGGCGCUGCCACGUCGGCAUCAAUGUCAUCUACUUCAGCACCUUCAACACCGAUUUGCUGCUCGUAGACGAGGCGAAGCUGGACAGGGCGCUCACUCUGCUCAAGAAGACGCUGGCCGACUUCAAUUCGGGGGCCAAGCAGAAGCCCACUCCGCCCACCCGCGGCGAAAGCGGUCGACACCCGGUGUCCCCGCCCGGAUCGUCAGUCUCCAAACAGAUGCUCCUCUCGCCUCUCCCCAAGAAUCUCUCCCUCGCCUGCAUGGCCACCAGCAGCAUUGCCAGCUGCACACACCAGCUCCUGAAGGCUUUCUUAAGCAAAACGCCAUUCUUCUCCUUCACCGUUUCCGGCGACGAGCUGUCUCUCAUUCUGGACGACGAGCUCAUGGCCGACUUCCCGGAAGACGUGCUCGCCGUCCACUCCUCUCAGUGGAAGUCGGUACAAGUCGAUUUCGGCUCUCUUGGCUU